AUGCCCUUCACGGUUGUCCGCGGUAGCAGCAGCAGCAGGCCCACACAGCCAUCCUCACUCGACGACGUCGAGGUUGCACACCCGGCCAAUACGACCUCCGCGGUGCGACCACCAUUCAAUUCUCAGCUUACUUCGGAGCGCCUGCGCGAGAGUUUUCGCCUGCAUGUUCUCGUGUCCCAAAUGGGCGGCAAGAUUGAAAAGGGCAGAAGGCCCGUCUUCAAAGAGAUUGGCCUCGACAUUGACUCUGCCAACACUGCUCACUCCCUGGCGGCUUGUCGUCACCACCCAGAUCACCGUCAGCCAGAGCACCAGCCCUCGUGUCCUAUCAGCCCAGCGCAGGAGUCGCCGGUCCAUCGCGAGAAAGACGUGGGCGAUACUUCCCGAGUCCCUGUGAGCAAGCCCUCUGAGACGACAGUGAAACCCCGUCGUCACGACAGCUCCGGCAUCGUCCCAUCGGCCAACGUUCGGCCACGCAUACGGAAACGCCAGGUCUCCGAGCCAGCUGCAUCCUGGUAUUCGAGGUUCACCGGUUCGAGGAAUCAGUCCCGGGUUCAAAGCACAUCAGGAGGCCCCCCACAGGCUACCCCGGGGCUCCAGCGCUUUGCAUUGAUCGUCGCCCUUGUAUGCGUCGUUAUUCCUGGCUUUACUCUCACCUCACGUAACUACCAGAUGGAGGCGGGCACCGCCGAGGCGGGGGUGAUCACGAAGCGCGAGACCAGCCCUACCGACGUCUGCAAUCGAUGGGCGCACCAGGCCGCCGAACUCAAUGGCACGCUGUACAUCUACGGCGGCGAGGCGAAGAAAGACGAGAGUCAGGAGUCCAACACGUGGAAUAAUUACUUCCUGACGCUGGACCUGACGGAAGACUGGAAGACGGACAAGCCGGCGCUCAAGGGUCUAGAGAUACCUGAUGGCCCCCCUGCUGUGGCCAAUGGGUAUCUGUGGCGCGAUUACGAGAACCUCUUCCUGUAUGGUGGACAAUUCGCCGACAACCCAUAUAAGGACCCUGCGCCCGAGUCGCUCUGGAGGUACAACAUUCAAGACCAGAAGUGGACCGAGUUCCAGAACCCAGAGACAUCGAAAGGGAAUUUCUCAGAGCCCGCUGGCCAACCCGUGCAUCGAUCCGCAGAGGGCGCUGGCGUCUCCGUGCCCGAGCUUGGUCUCAGCUGGUAUUUUGGAGGACACCAGGAUUGGGCGACGAUUCCUGGCUGGUCCAGACAGGUCCCCCGCAUCUAUCUGAACAGCCUGCUCGAGUUCACCCACCCGGGAUAUGCCAAUGACGGCGUCGACAAGAUCGCCAGCGGCAACGGCGCGGGUGAUGGUGGCAUCUUCCGCAACAUCACCACUGGAGGCAUUCAGGCCGAUGAGUUCCCCAACCGUGCGGACGGUAUCCUGGUCUUCGUGCCAGGCUGGGGCAAGAAGGGCGUCUUGAUUGGCAUGGCCGGGGGCGCAAAGGACGUCUUCACUCGUAACUUUGAGACGUUGACCGUCUAUGAUAUCGAGAGCUCAGAAUGGUUCCACCAGGAAGCCACGGGCGACAUUCCCGGUGUGCGCGUCAAUCCAUGCGCCGUCAUCGCAAGCUCACCGGAUGCCUCGAGCUUCCAGAUAUACAUGUUUGGCGGGCAGAACCUCCAGCCCUUUACGCAAUACGACGACAUGUAUAUCCUCACGAUCCCAUCCUUUAUAUGGAUUAAAGCCGACCCGGACUCAGAGUAUGCUCCUAGCGGCCGCGCGGGACACACUUGCACCAUGCGCGACGGACAGAUCAUUGUGGUCGGAGGCUACACUGGUGAAGACCAGCCUUGCGACGACCCUGGAAUCUACGUCUUCGAUGCUUCUUCUCUCAAGUGGACGAACGAGUUCAAGGCGGGUGAUCACGACGCCGACCACCAUCCCGACAACAGUGUCCUCGCGGGCUCAUGGGGAUACGCGGUCCCUGACAAAGUACAGAAGGCGAUCGGCGGUGACGAGGAGGGCGGCGCUACCGCCACGCAACCCGACUCAGGGCCGGCGACGGGUGGUCCCUUUGCGACAGGCCAGGCGCCAGUGUUUACGAUCACCCAGGGGGGUUCCACCACAACAAUCACCCCGACCUCCCAGCCCGACUCCAGUGACGGAGAGCACGGGAGCCCGCCAGCCGCUGACGAUAACAGCGGCCCGAACCCGGGCCUGAUUGCGGCCGGUGUCGUCGCCGGCGUGCUCGGUGCGCUGGCCCUCUACCUCGGGUUCUGCACUUGGCUGUACCGUCGCCAGGUGGCCGCCUACAAGCAACAUAUUGCGACCACGAACCGGUACUCGGGCGCCUCAGCCGAUGCCUUUGCCCCCGUGGGUCUCUUCUCACGCCGACAGGAGCGGUCCGCGUCAGCGGACAGCGAGAGCUUUGGCUGGGUGGGGUCUGAGCGAAGUCGACCCGCACCGCUCUUGACGGCCGAGCAGGUAUGGCUCUCGGACGAGCCCACGCCGAGUGCGGGUAGCGGGAGCGGCACGGCGAAGAAGAGUGAGGAACGUAUGAGCGGCAGUGGCAGCGAGAGCACGGAGAACCUGCUCGAGGGGCGGGAGCCGAGCUUCUUCAGUGUGGUCAUGGGCCCGCGCCGGGCGCUGCGGGUGGUCAAUGGCAUGGAUUGA